AUGCCUAUUCCAAGAGAUGUAAAAAUACGAUCGUCCUUUAACUUUCCAUACGCCUCUUUUCAGAAGGAUGGACUUCGAGAGCUGAUGGCCCUCGUUAAGCAAUCUGCGCCCGAAAAGGUUGUUUUCCACUGUCAUCUAAGUCUUCAACGUGCAGUUUCUGCUUCUGAAAUGUUUGCAAAGGAAAUCGAGUCUGAUCCAUCGAUAGACUGUGAAGUUUCCAUAUUGGAUGGAGGCAUCUGCGAAUGGAAGGCCUUGUAUGCCUCCGAUCCAAUGCUUACCGUAAAACUUUAG